GCUCGUUUCUGUUCCUACCAUAAAAAAAAGAAAAAAAAAACUACAAAGAUUGAUAAUACUGAAAACCCUAAUCCAACCUUGUUCUAUCUUUCGAAGCCUCCACCCCACUCUCCCCUCGCACAAUCUUUUGAAAUGGAGGACGACGAAGCAAAGAAACAAUGUCCUGCGGAAGACAUUCAGUCUCUCUCCAUCAGCGAUGCCGCCCCUGAGUCCUCUUCUUCUCUCUCCUCCUCCGGGAUGUCAGUCGAAGAACGUUAUGAGAUCAUAAGAAGUAUUGGGGAGGAGUGCAUUCAAGAAUCGGAGCUUCUGCAACUUCUUAAAAACAAAGCUGAGCCUAUUUGUUAUGAUGGGUUUGAACCAUCUGGACGAAUGCAUGUUGCCCAGGGGAUUAUGAAGGUAAUCAAUGUGAACAAGUUAGUAUCUGCUGGUUGUAGAGUAAAGAUAUGGAUUGCAGAUUUGUUUGCCAAAUUGAAUAAGAAAAUGGGAGGUGAUAUGAAGAAGAUUCAAGAGGUGGGUAAGUACUUUAUUGAAAUCUGGAAGGCUGCUGGAAUGGAUAUUGAUUCUGGAAGAGUCGAGUUUUUGUGGACCGAAAAAGAAAUCAAUGAACGUGCGCAUGAGUACUGGCCUCUUGUGUUGGAUAUAGCUUCGAAGAACAAACUGCCAAGGCUUCAGAGGUGUUGUCAAAUUAUGGGUCGUGAAGACCCAGAUGAUUUAGAUGGUGCUCAGAUCUUUUAUGCCUGCAUGCAGUGUGCAGAUAUCUUUUUCUUGAAGGCGGACAUUUGCCAGCUUGGUAUGGACCAGCGCAAGGUCAAUGUGCUUGCUCGGGAGUACUGUGAUGAUAUCAAAAGAAAGCACAAGCCAGUCAUUUUGUCACACCAUAUGCUUUCGGGUUUGAAAGAGGGGCAAGAAAAGAUGUCAAAGUCAAUCGAGUCAUCUGCAAUUUACAUGGAUGAUACAGAGGCUGACAUUAAUGCAAAGAUUAAGAAAGCUUACUGUCCACCAAAGAUAGUUGACAAAAAUCCAUGUCUGGAAUAUGUGAAGUACAUUGUAUUGCCAUGGUUCAAGGAAUUUACUGUGGAACGCAAAAUUGAAUAUGGUGGACCUAAGACCUACAAGACAUUUGAAGAAUUAGCAGCUGAUUAUGAAGCAGAGGCUUUGCAUCCUGGGGAUGUGAAACCUGCUUUAACAAUGGCACUGAAUAAGAUUUUGCAGCCGGUCCGAGAUCACUUCACCAAUGAUGCCAAUGCGAAAAUGCUUUUGAAGAGGAUCAAGUCAUACAAGGUUACCAGGUAGUCAACCACCAAGCCACCAUCAUCAAUAUCCACCAUUCAACUGAACUGGAUUUACAAAGCUCAUACAGACAGACAUGAGACAUAAUAACGAAAACAUGUUUUUUUUUCUUCCUAAACUUGUAAGCGAGAAAGCAGUCUGUAAUCAUGAAACCUUAGCUCUCUGCAUGAUCAUAAAUCUUCUCUUA